GCAUUGAUUUGAUCCAAAAUAUUGUGAAAUCUUAGUCAGUCUGGAAGCCAUCUGAUUAUUUUCAACUGAUUAUUUUUGAGACAUUUCAAUGUAUUUGAAGUCACAUGCAUUUACUUGUCUUCUAGUGGCUUGUAGUCCCCUGGUAUAUUUGCCAUAGGUCCCUUUUGGGUCUGCUAUUUUGUGUAUAUAUUUUUUAUUCUUUAUCAACACAAAAGCCUGUUCAUUGAUGUAAGCCUGUUUUUAAUAAAUAGUAUAUAGUUAUUCAUAUUAUGAUCAUGCCCCCCUUAUGGUGGGGACCCCCCAUAAAAUUUGAUUCAAUUCGAGCACUGGAUGAAACUGUGAUAAUAAUUUAAAAUAUAUGGGCUCAUCAGCUUUGUAGCUUAAUAUGAAGAAGCAUCUUAGACAUUGGCAACCUUCAUCAUCACGUUAGGUAGCCUAUCCAACAAGAGUUUAUAAUUUCAACCCGCAUGUCUGCUCGAGUUUUUGGUGACUUGACUUGCCCCAACGGACAUUGACCUUGUGCAAUAUUGGCUUUUGCCAUUUGAAUUUCCAUUACAUUUUGUAGAGGACACGCUUGAGUCAUGGACAUAAUCGUUGUAAAUCCUUUCAAGACGAUUUCAGAUGACGAUGCCCGCUCAUUUCGGCUGCAAUAUGGUCAUAUCGGCCAUUCAAAGACACCGAUGCUCACAUAACGGAAUUCAUUGAAAGUAUCCGACACAGGCACCUCAACGGUCACAUCUGCAGUGGAAAAUGAAUUCAUAUUUAUGAGGAAAGCGCUCUGAUUGGUCGACAAAACUUUGAAGCGUGGGUUAGGAUUGGGUAAUGUUUCCCCGACCAAUCAGAAAUGUGCUGCCCGCCCCUGUGUGUGCCUGGGCGAACAAGGGCGGCCCUUCAUCGAAGACAGAUACGGGGGUGUUUUGGCGUGCGGAUGCGGCUCGGGUAAGCUGCGGUGGAUGCGAUUGAGCUCCAUGAUUCUCCCCUCUUGGGGCCAGAGUUCACACCGUCCAAAAGGAGCCCAAAUAGGGUGAUGUCACAUCGUCUACCAGGGGGUGGCCGUCCCCUGCCAGAGUCGCACAGCCUCUGAUGCCCAUGGGGCGGACGCCCCCAAUACCAAGCUAUUAAGUGUCUAGUUAAAGCUGAGUGCUGUGUGCAAUGGGAAGUCUGGGAGAGGGAUUGGAUCCGGGCAUGGUGAGCGAAGCUCUUCUGGAGGCCCUCUGCUCUGAAUGUGGACAGAUUCACCGCACCUGGGAGAACCACCUUUAUAACUAUCGUUUGGAGGUGGACGAUGAUUUGGUGUGCCACAUUUGCCUUCAGCCAUUGGUUCAGCCUCUGGAUACACCAUGUGGCCACACCUUCUGUGCCCGCUGCCUGCGCAGCUUCCUGCAAGAACAAGACUUUUGUCCUCUGGACCGUGCACAUCUGCAGCUGCAGGUCUGUCGGCGCUCGAGCAUUCUGGUGCACAAGCUGCUGGAUAAGUUGUCGGUUACAUGCCCACUCACACCCUCCUGUUCUCUCAGCAUGCCUCGCUGUGACCUAGAGGCACACCUCAAACACAGGUGUCCUGGAACACAGAGUCAGCGAGCAAAGCUGGAGCGGACACGGAUGGAGGGAGGGGAGGAUAGGGUCAUGGUGACCAACCCACCCAAAUCCCCCCUGACUGAGAUAAAAGAGAGUACUCCAUCACCACCUGCUGGAUCCAACGCAUGCAACAAUGUUCCUACAUGGACAGAAGAGCCUGGUGUAGACAACCCUGCUUUUGAGGAGAGCACUGAAGAAGACAGUGCUACUAGUUACAAAUCAAAAAGGAAAAUGGACAAUUCACACAGCAGUCACGCUCGUGUCUCAGGAGGUCUCACUGGUCUGGAGUGCGCUCCUCCACGUGUGAAGCGGCCCCUUAGUAACCCCUGCAUUCAUCUUCUCCGCACUGGCAGUUCCGCCUCUUCAGGAUGGGACUUUGUUGAAACUCUGCCACUCUCUGCAGAGGAAGGUUGUGUGAAACUUCCGUCCCUACCUGAGGGAGAAAUCACAACCAUUGAGAUUCAUCGUUCAAAUCCUUAUAUGGAGUUAGGUAUAAGUAUUGUGGGUGGAAACGAGACCCCCCUGAUAAAUGUGGUAAUACAGGAAGUGUACCGUGACUGUGUUAUAGCCCGAGACGGAAGGCUGCUGGCUGGCGACCAAAUACUUCAGGUGAACAACUUAGAUAUUAGUAACGUGCCCCAUAACUUUGCUCGCUCUUCACUGGCACGUCCUUGCGCCACUUUGCAACUGACAGUACUAAGAGAGCGCCGCUGUUCUGCCAGGCCGCCUGUGGCACCUGCCUCUCCCCAGGGCAGCCCUGCCAACAUACGCAUCACGCUGCACAAGCUGGAAUCAUCAGAGCAGCUUGGAAUCAAACUGGUGCGGCGUACGGAUGAAGCAGGCGUGUUUAUCCUGGACUUGCUGGAUGGAGGGCUAGCCGCUAAAGAUGGACGACUUUGCAGCAAUGACAGAGUGUUGGCCGUGAACGAGCACAACCUGAGACAUGGCACACCUGAGCAGGCAGCUCAAAUUAUACAGGCUAGUGGAGAAAGAGUCAGUCUGCUGAUUAGCCGUUCCAGCAAGCAGACUAUGGCCGUGCACACAGGCUCCACCUUGACCAGGGACAUUUGGUGCCACGAACACGUCCCCCCACUCCCUUGCACUGCGACCCCCAGCCCUGUCCCAAGUCUGCACCUUGCCAGGUCUUCCACCCAGAGAGACCUCUCCCAGUGUGUGACCUGUAAAGAGAAACACAUCACUGUGAAGAAGGAGCCACAUGAGUCUCUGGGUAUGACUGUGGCGGGAGGGCGGGGCAGCAAGAGCGGGGAACUUCCUAUCUUUGUGACAAGUGUCCAGCCCCAUGGCUGCCUGUCACGUGAUGGACGAAUCAAGCGUGGGGAUAUAUUGCUGAGUAUUAAUGGUCAGGAUUUGACCUACCUGAGCCACAGCGAAGCAGUGGGCACACUAAAGUCCAGCGCCGCGUCCUGCUCUGUCCAGUUGAGGGCACUAGAAGUCAGCACUGUGGAAGAGCCCAGCCUAGAUGAAGAGCUGCUCCCUCCACAUGAAAAUGACUAUGAUGCGAGCUGGUCGCCAUCUUGGGUCAUGUGGCUUGGACUUCCAAGCUACCUGCAUAGCAGCCAUGAGAUUGUCCUCCGCAGAAGUCACCCUGGCAGCUGGGGCUUCAGCAUUGUUGGAGGUUAUGAAGAGAACCACAGCAGCCAGGCAUUCUUUAUCAAAACUAUCGUCCUUGGAACACCCGCUUAUUACGAUGGCCGUCUAAAGUGUGGCGACAUGAUAGUAGCAGUUAACAGUCUGUCCACGGCCGGCAUGAGUCACUCCGCUCUAGUGCCCAUGCUGAAGGAGCAGCGCAGCAGGGUGGCGCUAACCGUGGUGUCCUGGCCAGGAAGUCUGAUAUAGCCCCACACGGGUACCAUGCCUCACCACAGACUGCUCUCAUGUGUUCUAAUGGCCCCUUGUUCUACUUUCUGCCACAGAGGCACCAUACUGUCAAGCCAGAGUCAGAAAUUGAAUGCUUUACUUGAUGCUGAAUAAACCAGGCCUUAGAAAACCUGCCACACCCCUUCUGGAGAGCAGCCUUAAGGUCUCCCAUCACCAUGCCAAUCACCAGUUCACUCUACCAGAGGUUUUAUAUACAGGCCCUCUCUAAAUGUGAGUUUUGUUUGUGUAAAGAGACCGAACAAAAGUGUAUGUGUACAAAGUAUGAAUGUGCCCAGCGGUUUAAUAAAUCUUUCCCAGUGAG